AUGCCUCCUCUUAAUGAACGGUACGAUCUCGCCGGCAUCCUUCCUCUGUUUACCUACCUCCAUGAUAUAGACGAUGCCAUCCACCUUGCCAGAACGUGCAGGGCGGUCUAUACGGUGUUUGACGACUACUACACCCGAGCGUGGAUCUUUCGCUGCAUCAUCAAAAAUGCCCCCCACCACGAACAAGACGCCCGUCUCUCCGGCAUCCUCAUCCUCCGCGACGCCUUCCAAUGGGGCCGCAUCCCCGCGCAAGCCUACAUCCUCCGCAAAGACUUCCUUAACGGCUUCGACUUCGAGCUGGACGCCGAAAACAUCUUCGCCAUCGUCUGUCGCUGGCACGCCCUUCGCACUUUGUUCAGGCUGUACUGCGACAAGGCUAUCAACCGGGUGUACACGACGGCGUGGAAGACCUUCUGGGACCAGGACUUGCUCGUCAAGGAGAGUUAUCUGGCUGAUACGGACCCGCUGCCUACCUCGUUCUCAACGUCGUCGGCGUGUAGAGCUCAGCGCAAGGUUAUCCGCAUUCCACAUGAUCAGCGUCGUCGGGCGUAUCGUCGAUUCUACAAAGCCUUGAUAUCGCAUUGGUGUGCUUUAGAGCAUUUCUACCUCUCCCGUGCCUUCAUCUACCCGAAUGACCUGGAGCGAAAUGCGUUUAAUAACAUCGCGUCAAUGAAAUGGAGGUAUAACCCGCACCGCCGACUGUCUGAUAAACUCGACAUCUUGGAAGUGACGGACUUUCUCUGGGAGUUCUUACCCCGGAAGGUGUUUGAUAGCGAGGCUCCUGAUGCGUGGAACCCCGACGAUCCCACGUAUCUAGUCGAGCGGAUGUAUCUGCUCCGACCGCCGCAGAUCAUCCAGUUCGUGGACCUAGCACUGUGCGUGGCGCCGAGGCAGCUACCGAAUCGGACCGGGUUGUUCGAUGACCUGCUUACCGAGUAUCAUCGCUUCGAUGGGUUAUGCCAGGGACUUUCUGCGGAGAACUCCUGUUUAAUGGACUUGGAGGAUGAGGUCGCGCAGUAUAUUUUCCGGUGCUGCGGAAAGGGAAAGGAGUUGUCCUUUCUAGAGGAGAAUAAUAGAGAGGCCGUGACUGCUUGGUAUCAGUAUCGGGGGCGGGCGUGGUGGUUGGAUUCGAGGGGUUUGAUUCUGUUUCGGGCAGAGGGGGCGAGGAUGUUGAUUUCGAGGAUGUUGGAGUCGAUUUGACGCAGUAGUGGUAGAGGGAGGAGAUUAGUGUGUGGUUUGGUUUUCAGCGUCGGAGUUAGCGUACUGGUGGUUAUUGAGCGUUGCUUUUUGGCUCUUUCAUGGGACUUGAUUUCUAGAUCGUGACUGUGUUCGAAAAUGUAGAUGUACACUUAGCUUGAAUGCAGGUGUGGCUACUGAAGAUUC